AAUACAAUGCGCGACAUUCUUGCGCAUGAUAGGCAGACGCCCAUAAUUGCUGGAAUAGUUUAUUUGGUUAAUUGAAUUUGAAGAACAUAGAACGAAUUGGAUGGAAGCACAAGGAGGUUAAGUGACUUGCUCAGGUCACACAGAGACAGAGGUGGGAUUUGAACCGGUGACCUUCUGGUUAAAAAGCCCUGGACUUUAACCACUGGACCACACUGCUUCCUGUGGUGUUCCUUGUUAUCACAGUAGGUAGGGUGAUUGAUGUAGAUUUCGCUCAUGCUGUUCUUGACCAGAGAAAUCAAGAAAGAUGCACGUUUCUCAGAACCUGUUGGUGCUGGUCCUCUGUGCUCAACUCAAUGUGUUGUGUGUGAUGGGUGGGCUUGAUCUCCAGUGUGGUGUAAUUGAACCCGUUCCUUCAGCAGUGGAACUUCACACCGAGUUCACGGCUACCUGUGUUCUGUUUGAGUCCUGUAUUCGUCAACAUGUGGCUAAUGCUGACGACAUGUACUGGAAAUUUCAACAGCACAAAGUUCCAAAGGAGCAGUACACAAAGAUAAACGAUACAGCUAUCCGCAUCACUGUCAACAUCACCGAUGAAUUAAACAGCCCCUUAACUUGUAAUGUCAUGUUACAUGGACAAGUGGAACACAAUAUCUACGGAAUUUUUUUAAACAAAGGAUUUCCCCCUGAAAAGCCUCAGAAUCUGACAUGCAUUGUGCAUCAGGCUGGUAAAAGCCUCUCUGAUACUAUGCUGUGUACCUGGAAUCCUGGGAGAGAAUCACACUUGGACACACGAUAUACACUCAAAGCACAGACGAUUACUAAUACUUAUGAAAAUAUAUCCAGAAUUGACGAAGGCGAAUUAAAAAUGACAACCAUGCCUGUUUUUGUCAACAUGAUGAUCUGGGUUGAAGCAGAGAACCAACUUGGAAAAAGCACAUCAAAACAAAGUUAUUUGGAUCCAGUAGACGUUGUGAAACCGAGUCCUCCAGAGAUUGAAAAGAUUAGUUCUGAAAAGGAGUUUCCCAACUCGUUGGUGGUGUCCUGGAAUCUCAUUUUAAAUCCGCUUCUCUUUAAACUGAAGUACAACAUUCGUUACAGGAGCGCCAGCAGUUCAGACUGGACGGAGGUUCCACUGAGUGAAACAGGAAGCAGCAUUAAGUCAUUUAGACUUCAAGACCUUAAGCCCUAUACAGAGUACCGAGUUUCUGUCCGGUGCAUCAAAGAAGAUGGUUUUGGCUACUGGAGUGACUGGAGUAAAGAAAUGAGUGCAACAACGCCCGAAGCCAAACCUUCUGGAAAACCAGAUCUCUGGAGAGUUAUUGGCCCUUCUGAUUCUGACAAAAAUCGACUUGUAACACUGAUGUGGAAGGAACCAGAUCCCUCUGUUGCAAACGGAAAGAUAUUGGGAUAUGAAGUAGAGAUUGAAGCGGGACGCUAUCCUGCAGUAAAACGCUUCACAGUUAAUGGAACAAGUGCAGACUACAUGUUAACAGAAGGAAGAACCUAUCGUAUAACUGUCGCUGCCUUUAAUUCAAAAGGACAAUCUCCUCGUGCAUCGUUGGUUAUUCCGGCAGACAGUCAAAAGGAGCGUCCUCCAGUGGAAGAUUUGAAGGCAUUUCCACAAGAUGGCAAAUUGCGGGUAGAGUGGAAGGCCACUCCUAAUAUAACGGAGUAUGUUAUUGAGUGGUGCGCAAUGAUGGAGGAAGGGGGAGGGUGUUCCACUGAAUCCAUUGAAUGGCAGCGUGUGUCAGCAUCUUCUAUUAAUACAUUCCUAAAAGGCGAUAUUAAACCUCUGAAGCGCUACAAAAUCUUGGUGUUUCCGGUUUAUUCUGGAACUCCUGGUGCUUGCCGUUCAGUUGAAGAAUAUCUGAAACAAGGAUGUCCUACAAUUGGUCCUACUGUUCGAACAAGAAAAAAAGAAAGAAAUGGAGCUUUGUUAGAAUGGAAUUUGAUUCCAUUUAUGUCUCGAAAUGGAUUCAUAAGAAAUUACACAAUAUUUUACCAGGCUGAAGGUGGGGUUGAAGAAUCAAUAACAGUUGAUUACGCAAACCGUCAAUAUACUUUAACUUCACUCAGCACUAACACUAUGUAUGCUGUGCACGUAAGUGCAAAUACUGACGCAGGGAGCAAAAACGGAUCUGAAUUUACAUUUACAACACUGAAGUUCGCACCCGGAGAAAUUGAAGCUAUCGUCGUGCCAGUUUGCUUGGGCUUCCUGUUCACCGCUGUGGUGACACUGCUAUUGUGCUUUAACAAGCGUGACCUGAUUAAGAAACACAUUUGGCCACAGGUGCCUGAUCCUGGGAACAGUCGUAUUGCAAACUGGUCACCUGAUAGUCCAGUUCGGCAUAACUUUAGUCCAAAAGAACAAGUUUGCCCAGAAGGUAUCAUUACUGACUUCAGUGUAAUAAAUAUAGAAAAUGACAACAUUGACGAUUACAACAAGGCAUCAGAUUCCCUGAAGAAGGGAAAGUACACAUCGGAGGAGCACAGCAGUGGGAUCGGAGGCUCUUCGUGCAUGUCAUCACCCCGACAGAGUGUCUCGGACAGCGACGAGGCUGAUUCAGCACAAACCACUUCCAGUACGGUGCAGUAUUCCUCAGUGGUGGCGACCAGCUACAGGGGACAGUUACCAUCAGCACCCGUGUUCACAAGAUCAGAGUCGACCCAGCCGCUGCUCGACUGCGAGGAAAGGCCGGAAGAUCAGCACCUGUAUGGAAACUUAAACGGUUUCAAUAGAGAAGGACAGCUGCAAAACAGCGAGCAAGGGGUGAGGCAUCCUAGCAGACUGUACUUCAAAAGACCCAGAAUGAUAAAUGAAGAUGCAGACCCGAGCUGUGAUUCUUUGGGGUUUUGCCCAGCCGACGAGGUAACUCUGCAGGACUCUGCUGCCACAGGUACUUCACAGCCUGACCGUGAAAGACAAACUGUCCCCAGGAAUGGUAUUAAUGCCAGCCUGGAAAGAAACGAGACAAAAAGCUACGUGCCACAGCAGAAUGGUUACAGGGCACAGUGAAGAGAAGGCCUGUGUUUCUUUUAUCAAGUCCGGAGUGCCUCUGUUUAAGAAACAACACACACAGAAAAAAAGCUAAAUGAACCCUUGAUGUGGCAGGGGGCUUUGCAUAUAAACCAAUAGGACUGUACUGGUGCAUUGAGGGAGACAGAAUUUGACAUCAGGGUCUAUUCAAUUAAUCUAAACAAGGGGUGGUCCUAAUAAGGCUACUUUUUACAUUAUGUUACAUAAACAUAGUAAAGUCUGCACAACUUUUUCGUUCCUGGUUAUCCAGCAUUUUCCAACAGUAUAUUUUUAGCAUAAAGUUGAGCUUAUUAAGAAAAACUGAGUAGGUGGGGAAAGCUAUAUAAAUCUUCACUGGAUCACACUGACAGGAAAAAAAUGUGGAAUUUUGUUCUAACAGUGAACAUUUAAGUGUUUUAUGGGUAGCCUGUAAUAGGAGUGAACUGAUUGUAUUGUAAGCUAUUUUGAUCAGCCUCAGAAUAUUGACCGGUUUUAUGUUGUUUUCUUUAUGUAAAGUUUCAAAUUUCACUGACAGCUUUUAGGCGUUGCGCCAACACUAAUCUUACCAGGGGUGGCUGGUGACCUCCGAGUCAGUACUUUUUUUUUGUUUGCCUUACCCACAGCAUUCUAAGGUCAUCAAUAAUCUCUUGUAAAGGGAUAACAUUUACAAUAAUAUUGAACAUUUAAAUAGUUUUUUUUGUAUUCAGUAUUAUUUGCAUUAGAAAAAUUGGGAUUUUAAACGUGAUUUCUCACAUGAUUUUCAGCUUUAACAUCACAAAUUAACAUUGACAGUGAAUUAAAGCAACAACAGGUUCAUCAAUAACAGUGAGGGCAUUGUCAGAAUUUUGUGAUUUCAGUUUUUACCGUUUUAAAUGUAAUUAGGUUUGAUUUAAAUUAACUUAUGUACACCGCAGGCACAGCGAACAACACAAAAGUGUAAAUCUAGUACAGGCUUCUAUUUUUUCCAUUCGGUUUGAGUUCGUGUGUUGGAGUAAGAGUCAUUUUUUAUUGAAUUGUAUUGAAAAAAUAGUAUUUAUGACUUUAAAAAUGGGUUGUAUAAUUUAAAAAAAACAACUUUUUUUUCUUUUUCCACUCCAACAAAACAAAUCAUUGUAUAUUGUUUUUCUUUAUUAGUCAUCAGUCAUUACAGUAAAACAAAAAAAUACCUACAACAACAGGGAACAAACUGACUUUUUAGUUGUAAAAGUCAUUUUUGACAUUCUGAAAGGCUGUUACUGUUAUACUCUAGUAUGGGAGACAAUUAAAGUUUCACAUUUUCCCUUCAAAUAUGUAAUCUCAAACAUAAUGCUCUUCUGCCAGAUGAAAUGACCUGUUCUUAUUAGCAAUUUCAAUUUUUGGUUGUGGCUUCCCUUCAGAUUUUAUCUUGAGUUUUUCGGUAUCUAACGUGGCAAAUGGGAGACUUAAUCAGCUGAUCAACUGCGUUAUCCUGCAUUUGACAUUUGACCCCUUCACAAAACAAGCACCAAAAUAAAACAAUAACAACAUAUUGUGUGUUUCUUACCACUGAUGCGAUGCAAAACAAAACAAAGCAAUUUCAAUCCUCACUCCUACAUUAACUGCACAUGAUACAACUGCUUACAGCAGCACUUUAGAAGGGGGCAGGAGGAUGUGGGUCGCUCCUCCAAUUAAAACUCGUGCUCAGAUCAUGUGAUCUGCCACUGCUAGUACUGUGUUUAAUGGGAGACGGGAGGCUUGCCUCCCUUUGUAAAACAAAACAAAAUUAAAACCCCUCCAAGACCAAAACACCAUCUGCCACUGUUAGUACUGUAAGCACAUGUCUCUCAGCAGCCAGCCUCCACUGAACCUUACUGCUUUAAACCAAAAACCUGUAAUAUUAUAAGUCAUCUUUUAUUUACAAGUAAUCUUUCAUUUUCACAAAGCUCCUGUCUUGCCAAGGCAUAUUAAACAAUACACAGAUAGUGCAUGUUCAUAGUAAUGUAAAUAGAACUUAUUUUUUUUGUUUUACACAAUUAUUUUAACCGAAAACCUGUUUUAACAAAAAAUGUACUCAAGAAAUAAAUACUGUAAAAUAACCAAUGAUAUCAGCUAUAUCCAGCAUUUGUCUUUUAAGAAUUGUAUCAACAUUGUUAGUUUUUUUU